AUGGUCUUGAAACUUCACCACAUGAUACUUUCAACUCUCCUUUUCCUCUCCACCAUUCUUGAUUUUCUGCCGGCGGCGACGGCGCAGGAGUGCCCGUAUCCGUGUUAUCCACCGCCCACGGGCCCUGGAACCGGGACGCCGGCCACCACAACCCCACCAGCAUCCACCACACCUCCAGCUUCCUUCACUCCUCCGGCGGGUUACACCCCGUUUACUCCGCCGGCGCCUUACUUCUCCGAUGGAGUGCCGCCGCCGCCAGAGCCAAUUGUGCCUUGGUUCCCAUUCUACUACAGGAAGCCGCCACGUAAAGAUCAAUCUUCAUCAUCAAUUCCAGGCCCAGGAUCAUUUAUCUAUCUAUGA